AUGAAGUGGAUCAUCUCUGCUAUUGCUUUACUUGCCGUCCAAGUAGUCUCGGCUUCCCCGGCUUUGGUCAAGCGAGCGUCUGUCAACGACGUCGCGACGGUCGGCUAUGCUUCCCUAAAUGGCGGCACGACCGGCGGAUCUGGAGGGCCCACCACUACCGUAACCACUCUCGAAGAACUCACUGCCGCUGUGGCCGGUGACGAACCUAAAAUCGUUAUUAUUUCUGGCACCAUCACUGGUGACGCUAUCGUCAAGGUUGGCGGGAAUACCUCCGUCCUGGGUAACGGCGCCGUCCUCAAUGGAAUCGGGUUACGCGUCAUCGAUGUCAGCAACGUUAUCAUUCGUAACAUCAAAAUCUCGAAGGUUUUGGCUCCUGGUGACAACGUCGCUGUCCAAGCGGCUAGCCAAGUUUGGUUGGACCAUCUCGACCUUUCGAGCGACCGUGACCACGACAAGGACUUCUACGAUGGCCUUCUGGAUAUCACUCACGGCCCCACUGGUGUGACGGUUACCAACAGCAUCUUGCACGACCACUGGAAAGGAUCCCUCGUUGGUCACUCCGACAAUAAUGGCGCUGAGGAUGUUGCAAUCACCGUCACAUAUGCCAACAACUACUUCUCCAACUUGAACUCCAGGACUCCUUCCUUCCGCUUCGGAACUGGCCACAUCUUUAACAACGUCUUCGAUAAUAACAACGACGGAAUCAACACCCGCGACGCUGCCCAACUUCUCGUCGAGAACAAUGUCUGGACUGGUACUACUAAGCCUUUGUACGCCACUGACGAGGGAUUCGCCGUCGCGGUCGGUAACGACUUCGGUGGUGCAGAGAACACCGCCCCCGUUGGCACUUUUACCACGGCCCCAUACUCUUACACUCUCAUCCCUACCGACAGUGUUCGCGCAGCCGUCGUUGGUACUGCAGGAGCGACUAUCUCCUUCUAA